CGGCCUACUUCCCGGAGGAGCGCUGGGUGCCCGAGUCUCCGGCGCGGCCGCCGCGCGUGCUGCUGGCCCUGCUGGCGCGCAACGCGGCACACUCGCUGCCCGCCGCGCUCGGCUGCCUGGAGAGGCUGCGCCAUCCGAAGGACCGCCUGGCGCUUUGGGUGGCAACUGAUCACAACGUGGACAACACGACAGCUGUGCUUCGGGAAUGGCUGAUGAAUGUACAGAACAUGUAUCACUCGGUGGAGUGGCGGCCCAUGGAGCAACCCAGGUCCUAUCUGGACGAGGAAGGUCCCAAGCACUGGUCCAAUUCCCGUUAUGAACAUGUCAUGAAGCUUCGCCAGGCAGCGCUGCAGUCUGCCCGGGACAUGUGGGCUGACUACAUCCUGUUUGUGGAUGCAGACAAUCUCCUGACGAACCCUGAUACUCUGGGCCUUUUGAUAGCUGAGAACAAGACUGUGGUGGCUCCGAUGCUGGACUCACGGGCAGCCUAUUCAAACUUUUGGUGUGGGAUGACCUCUCAGGGCUAUUACAAGCGCACACCUGCUUACAUCCCCAUCAGGAAGCGAGACCGCCAGGGCUGCUUUGCUGUUCCCAUGGUGCACUCCACCUUUCUCAUCAACCUGCAGAAAGAGGCCACUCGGAGCCUUGUCUUCUACCCCCAUCCAGAUUACACCUGGGCAUUCGAUGACAUCAUCGUCUUUGCCUUUGCCUGCAGGCAGGCAGAAGUUCAGAUGUACGUGUGCAACAAAGAGGUGUACGGCUUCCUUCCUGUGCCUCUGCGAUCCCACAGCACCAUCCUCGACGAGGUGGAGAGUUUCAUGCACGUGCAGCUGGAGGUGAUGGUUAAAAACCCUCCAGUGGAACCUUCUCGAUACCUGUCUGUGCCUCCCAAAAUCCCGGACAAGAUGGGAUUUGAUGAGGUCUUCAUGAUUAACCUGAAGCAUCGGACCGACCGCCGGGAGCGGAUGCUGCGGGCGCUUUAUGAGCAGGAGAUAGACUGCAAAGUGGUCGAAGCUGUGGAUGGCAAAGCAAUGAACACCAGCCAGGUGGAAGCCUUGGGCAUUAAGAUGUUGCCAGGUUACAAGGACCCAUACCACGGCCGUCCACUCACCAAGGGGGAAUUGGGUUGCUUCCUCAGCCACUAUAAGAUUUGGCAAGAGGUUGUUGAGAGAGGCCUGGAGAAGUCGGUGGUGUUUGAGGAUGACCUGCGCUUCGAGAUCUUUUUUAAGCGACGCAUGAUGAACCUCAUCUAUGACUUAGAAGAGGAGGGCCUGGACUGGGAUUUGAUCUACAUUGGCCGGAAGCGCAUGCAAGUGGAGCACCCUGAGAAGGCCGUGCCCCACGUCCGUAAUCUGGUGGAAGCAGACUACUCCUACUGGACCCUGGCCUACGUCAUCUCCCUCCAGGGGGCCCAGAAGCUCCUGGAUGCCCAGCCCCUCUCCAAGAUGCUGCCUGUGGAUGAGUUCCUACCUGUCAUGUUUGACAAACACCCUGUUUCUGAAUAUAUGGAGCACUUUGAGAACCGAAACUUGCUGGCCUUCUCUGUAGAACCGCUGCUAGUCUUCCCAACGCACUACACAGGAGACGAUGGUUACAUCAGCGACACGGAAACCUCCGUGGUGUGGAACAAUGAGAACGUCAAAACUGACUGGGACCGGGCCAAGUCCCAGAAGAUGAAGGAGCAGCAGGAGCUGAGCAAUGAAGCCAAGAACUCUGAUGUGCUCCAGUCCCCUCUGGACAGCACAGCCCGUGAUGAACUAUGACCCUGCACAGAUGAAGGGGGCUGAGCAGGAGGGCAUGGCGUGGCAUGAGGCGGGGAGGGCUUUUCCCUUUCUCAGGGUUUAUGGGUUGCUUCCCUCACUUUUCACUGUGGGGUCCACAUCUUUCAUUACACCUUGUGGCAAAGCAACAAUGGCAAGCUCCACUCCCUCUGUCAUGGGGAGCCUGCGACAUAAAUGGUUUGGUUUGCUUAGCUUAGCUUAGCUGUGCCAUCGCCCGCCUCUCCCACCCUCUGUUUUGGAAGUGGUGUGGGUGAGAUCUUUCCAUACUCAGUUGUGUAAGAGAAGUUUUAUUCUUUGAAAAAUUGGUACUACAGGGAGCCCUAUAUCUUCUGGAAGGAGCGAGAGUGGUUAGUCCUUGAAAAAGAUGCAGGCCAGACUUGCAGACCACAGCACAAUGAUGCUCUGUGUCAGACAAACCAUUUAUCUUCGUGUACGUUUCAGACCUGUCCAGUUAUUUUUAUAUAAUUUUUUUACUGGUGACA